AUGGAAGAUGAAGAUGGAAGAACUGAAGAAGCUUAUACCAUAAUGAAAGAAAUGCAUGAAAACAAGAGAAUGCGUGAUAGCUACUCAAUAUUUGGUGAACAUGUGGCUUGCAAAUUAAGAAGUUUACCUUCUGAAUGUGCCCGCAACACAGCUGAACAUUUAAUUUCAUAUAUAUUAUUUGAGGCAAGCAUGGGUAAACACGAUUUUGGUAGUGGUUUUAAUAGUCAGCCAUAUUCGACGUCAUCCAGUUCAUCAUACAGUCCCCUAUCUGUUACUGUACCAUCUCCAGUAUAUUAUCCAGAUCCACAUGCUGCACAGUAUACGAAUGCAACGGAAACUCUUAUACAGUUUCAGAACAAUAAUCAAACAGGUCCAGCUAUCCUUGCAACAGCAUCAGGUCCAGGUUCUACACAGUUUACAAAUACAACAGAAACUCUUCUACAGUAUCAGAACAAUAAUCAAACAGGUUCAGCUACCCUUAAAACAGCAUCAGGUCCAGGUUCUACACAGUUUACAAAUACAACUAACUCUUUUACAGUAUGA